AAAAAAAACAGCAGCUGUAUCAUGGCAGCGUCCUAGGCAGCAAUAUCUGCAAAGAGUACAAUUUACGAUUUGAUCAAAUCCGAAAGGAAUUGUAAUCAUGGGCUCUCAGUUGUUUCAAACUCUAAGACAGGGAGUGUGGGCAUCCUUGACAGGGGGUUGGUACCAUGACCCGGAGCAAGACAAAUUUAACAACUCAUGUCAUCUCUACCUAUGGGUUUUCCUAGUGAUUCUCCCCUUAUCACUACAUCUGGCUCUGCCCCCCAAUACAGUUGCACUGGGAAUUUACUGCAGCUCUGUGACUGCAUUUUUCAUUCUGAUUAAGGUGGUCAACUUCCGUCUACAUGUGAUGUUCGACAACGGAGAGAUAGUGACCCAAAGCAGCAUUUCAGAUGUUGGAAAAGUUGGAGAAAAAAAGACAAAUGGUUCUGAUCCCUUGCUCCCCACAAACUUAAGGAACAGUAGCACAGUGGCUGAAAAUGUCGCUAUGACUGAAUUAAACAGAAAUGGCUCGAGUCCUGCAGCCCAUUAUACUUCAAAACAGACAGACACAGACUCAGGGUUUACCGGUGUGGGGGAGUUGCCAAAGCCAGGUGAUGCAAAAGAUGAUGAAGUGCUUGGUGAAACAGCCCUUCAGGAGAUGGCAAUUUAUAAAGAGAAAGAAGCAGGCCAAGACAUUGCACCUACUGAAGAUAAACAGGCCUCUGAAGAUCUGUACAGCCAACAUGCUGUGUUCUGUAUUGUAAAACAUGAGUGUAGCUCCUUUGUAGAUAGGAAGGCUUCAGGUGAUAGAAUACAUUGCUCUAAAGAGGGUGAUAGGGGAGUGGAGGAAGAAAAGUUGGAGCCAAUACACGAGCAUGACCCCAACAAUAACUCUGUUGACCAGGCUCAGGAACAAUAUGACCUUGUUUCAGUUUUAAGGGAUGGCAACCACGAGGAAAGUUACUGCUCAGACGAAAUCGCUGUAGUUCUUGUGGACAAUUCCCGGCCUUCUGAUCAACUUGGUGAUCAGGACAUGGUGAAAAUCAUCAUCACAAUGACCUGCGACACACAGACCGCAGCUGAUCUGGAAGAGUCUGUUAAAUUAAGCAUAUUAGAGUCUGCCUGUGCACAACUAAAUCCAGACACUGCUGAGAAUCCAGAUUGCUCAAAUGAUUGUUUCAUUAAAAUUCCAGUAAUUACGUUUGAUUUGUCUGAUAACGAAGUGGCCAGCCUGCCGUUUGGUAAUUCAAGCCUCCAGGUGCCCACAAUUGAUCUAAAUCAGGAUGGUGUCAGUUUGGACUCAGCUGCUCAAGAUUGUCGGGACAGUGAAUCCAUCGACCACGACAAUGCUGACAUGCAUCAUAGUCCACAUAUAAAUACAGUAAAUGAAACCAGCUCUUCUGGUAUUGAUUCUCAGAUCUGCCCACAUCCAGAGGAAAGCGUUUAUACCCCACAGAAUGUGAAAGAAGAUUCAGAUGGUUUGCUUCAGAUUCCAUUUAAGGAGGAAAAAGGUGGGGGAAAAGCAAUGCCCAGUUCAAGAACUCAUGUCAGGGGCCUUAGCAUGGACAGUGGGACAGAUGCAGUCCUAACCGUAGAAAAAGCCAAGGACAAAGUAAGGACCUUGACAUCUUCCAAGUCAGACUUAGAAGCAAAAGAGGGGCAAAUCCCUAAUGAAUCCAACUUUGUGGAGUUUGUUUCUCUGUUGGAGUGUAUUAACAGUUCAAGGAGCAGUACAGGCAACCAGACAGACUUACCAAAUCCGCUAGCAGAUAAGGCAGUUGGCAGAGGUAGUGUUCCAGCAGUAAAACAAGACGAGGAAACCGAGAUUGAAGGAUCUCACGAGCACACAAACCCUCCCAACAGUCCAGCAAUAGCAGAGACUCCCCAAACUGCACAACAAAGUGACAGUGCCAUCAUCUCUUCUGAGAGUCCACAGUUACACAAGCGAAAAGAGCCUGGCUAUGAGCCGAUGCCCUCCCAAACCUCGCUAUCAGAAAGUUCCAUGCUGCAAGUAAUAUGCAGACCAGACGCUACGUCAAAGGAAGAUGCGUAUACUAUCACUACUUUUCAUAGAGAAAGGCCCCGUAAAAUAUAUGCAGAAAGAGCUUUGCAUUUGCCACUGGGUGCUGAACAACUUAUAUCAAGCAAUAUAAGUGAGCUCCUAUCCACCUCGUCCAAUUCUGCUUCGACAGACUGCCAGGAUGCCCCUGCUGUGACUGAAUGCCCAUUUCAACGACGCAUUGUUCCAGUGCAGAGAUUGCGGCCAAGACCGAGAAGAACACAUCCAGAAAUGUAUCAGGAGGAGGACUCAGUGGAGGAAUCUACUGAUUCUUCAGCACAAGAAAAGCCUGCCAGCAAACAGUACUAUAAGUUCUGGGUUUUUCCUGGCAAAUGGAUUAAAAUCUUGUAUGAUCGGCUUACUUUGUUGGCUCUGCUGGACAGGAAUCAAGACAUAUUGGAAAACAUGUUGGCUGUGGGUCUGGCAUUCCUUGUUGCCUUCCUCGGAUUUAUACUGUUGAACCACGGCUGUUUUAAAGAUAUAUGGGUCUUCCAGUUCUGCCUUGUUAUCGCAAGCUGCCAGUACUCUCUGUUAAAAAGUGUCCAACCAGAUGCUGCAUCCCCUACUCAUGGACAUAAUCAAAUUAUAGCCUACAGCAGACCAGCCUAUUUUUGUAUUUUCUGUGGCCUUAUUUGGUUACUUGACUUGGGGGUGAAAACAGAUGACCUUCCAGUGUCUACAGUGUAUGGAGUCAGAAUAGUUUCACCAGAGUCUCUUAAAUAUGUCAGAGAUCUUUUAAUAGCAUUUACAUAUUGUUUUCCAAUUGCAUUUCUCCUGGGCCUUCUUCCCCAAAUCAGCACUUUCUUUAUUUAUCUUUUGGAGCAAAUAGAUAUGCAUUUUUUUGGAGGGGCUGCUGCCACAGGACUUGCCUCGGCAUUUUACAGCAUAUUACGUAGUUUGGUAGCUGUGGUGGCACUGUAUGGUUUUUGCAUUGGAGCACUGAAGGAACCAUGGGAUGAACAGCAUAUACCAGCACUGUUUUCUGCCUUCUGUGGCCUUUUAGUUGUAUUUUCAUAUCACCUUAGUCGACAGAGCAGUGACCCUUCUGUGCUGCUGUCACUGAUUCAGUCAAAAUUAAUGCCUGACCUUAAAGGCCCUAAUGAUGAAGAUCCUUUUUUGGAAAACAGUGACCCUCUUCCUGAGAAACUCAGGAACUCAGUGAGAGAAAUACUGAAUUCUGAUCUGGUUGUGUGCACAGCUACUGCUGUUAUAACUUUUGCUAUAAGUGCCAGCACUGUGUUUUUGUCCCUAAAGCCAUUUGUCAGCAUCGUGCUGUACACUUUAGCAGGGACUGUUGGGUUUGUUACACACUAUCUGAUUCCUCAGCUACGAAAACAUCACCCUUGGCUCUGGAUAUCACACCCUAUUCUUAAAAGCAAAGAAUACAAACAGUAUGAACCUAAAGAUGAUGCCCAGUUGAUGUGGUUUGAACGGCUCUGUGUGUGUCUUAUUUGUUUUGAAAAAUAUGUAAUUUACCCAGCCAUAAUCCUCAGUGCUGUCACCAAUGAUGGGUUUUCUCUCAGCCAUCGCAAGAGGCUGGGUAUUCACUGUGAUGUUUUACUGAUGACAGUUGCUGGGAUGAAGCUCCUCCGCUCCUCAUUUUGUAAUCCCAGCUACCAGUUUGUAACACUGAUAUUCACCAUCGUCUUCUUCGAGUUUGACUACAGCAAAAUCUCUGAGACAUUUCUACUCGACUUUUUUAUAAUGUCAAUUGUAUUUCAUAAGCUCUGGGAUCUGCUUCACAAGUUGCAAUUCAUCAUGGUGUACAUUGCUCCUUGGCAGAUCGCAUGGGGAAGUGCAUUUCAUGCUUUUGCUCAACCCUUUGCCAUACCUCAUUCGGCCAUGCUUUUGCUUCAAACCUUUGUGACGACACUUUUCUACACUCCACUGAGUCCAUUUCUUGGCAGUGCCAUCUUUAUUACUUCAUACCCAAGACCGGUGAAGUUCUGGGAAAGAAACUAUAACACCAAACGGAUUGACAACUCAAACAGCAGGCUUGUUUCACAGAUUGAAAAAGACCCAGGAUGUGAUGACAACAACCUGAACUCCAUUUUCUAUGAAUACCUAACAAGGUCUCUGCAGCAGUCGUUGUGUGGGGACUUGUUACUCGGACGCUGGGGAAACUACAGCUCAGGGGACUGCUUCAUCCUGGCUUCAGAUUACUUGAACGCCUUUGUCCACCUGAUAGAGAUUGGAAAUGGUCUAGUCACUUUCCAACUAAGGGGGCUCGAGUUUAGAGGUACAUACUGUCAACAAAGAGAAGUGGAAGCCAUCACAGAAGGAGUGGAGGAUGAUGACGACUGUUGCUGCUGUGAACCUGGACACCUGCCCCAUGUUUUGUCAUGCAAUGCAGCUUUCAAUCUUCGCUGGCUUGGGUGGGAGGUCACAACGACAAAGUACUUAUUAGAAGGCUACAGCAUCAGUGAGAACAACGCAGCUACUAUGUUACAAGUGUAUGACCUUAGGAAGCUACUCAUCACCUACUAUGUUAAGAGCAUCGUAUACUACUUCCUGUGCUCUCCUAAACUUCAAGACUGGUUAAAAGAGACAUCUAUUCAAGAGGCACUGCAAGUAUACACCAAAUGGCAUUAUAUCGAACGAGACCCAGCUGUGUUCAGUGUGAAAAUUGAUGAGGAUUACGUCCAUUGUCUACAAGGAAUAACACGGGCCAGUUUUUGUAAUGUGUACUUGGAGUGGAUCCAGUACUGUGCCAGUAAGCAAGAUGAGCCUGUGGACAGCGACGAAGACUCUCCUUUAGUAACUUUGUGUUUUGCCCUCUGUGUUCUUGGAAGAAGAUCCCUAGGGACAGCCUCUCACAACAUGUCCAACAGCUUGCAAUCGUUUCUACACGGGUUCAACGCACUGUUCAAAGGAGAUUUCCGCAUAGCAGCAAGAGAUGAGUGGGUGUUUACAGACAUGGACCUCCUGCAGAAGGUUGUUGUCCCAGGUGUGAGGAUGAGCUUAAAGCUCCACCAGGACCAUUUCACUUGUCUGGAGGAGACUGAGGAGCCUGCAGUCCUGUAUGAGGCAAUCAGUAACUAUGAGAAGACGCUAGUCAUUUGUCAUGAAGGGGAUCCCGCCUGGCGCAGGGCUGUGCUAUCUAACAGUGAGACCCUCCUCACCCUCCGGCACAUGGUGGAUGAAGGGACGGACGAAUACAAAAUCAUCAUGCUUUACAAGCGCCACCUCAGCUUCAAAGUUAUCAAGAUAAACAAAGAAUGUGUCAGAGGACUGUGGGCAGGGCAACAGCAGGAGCUGGUGUUCUUCCGCAACCGCAACCCUGAAAGGGGCAGCAUCCAGAACUCCAAACAAGUCUUGAGGAACAUGAUCAAUUCCUCCUGCGACCAGCCUCUAGGCUAUCCGAUGUACGUGUCCCCUUUGACCACAUCCUACAUGGGAACUCACAAACAGCUCCCAACCAUCUGGGGUGGGCCUAUCAGUUUAGACAGCAUAAAAACCUGGCUCCUUUCCAAAUGGUUAAGGGUUCGGAAAGACAACAACACAACUUGCAGCAGUGGAGGUAACAUUGAAGACAUGGACUGUUCCCUCAGCAACAACCCCAACUCAAAUGCAACCCAGAGCAUCAGUUCCCACCAAGAAAGAAACAGGGCCUCACAUCCACAGGGAAACCGGCAGCACAUCUCAGCCAGAAGAGAAUACAGGAGUCGAUCAGUGCAGCCCCAUCAGAACCAGAGACCACCCGCUACAAGUCAGUCAGGCCCCAUCCUGGAUAGCCAGCAGGUAUCAACCUCUGCCCAAGGACUUGUCCAGAGGCUGUCCAACAGUCAGUUGUCCUUCAAUACAUCAAUAGCCUCUGUAUUCUCCCAAGUUCCACGUUUUUCUACUGCCGGCCAGCUGAACGCGCAAGGGCAGGCUGCUGCAAUGCACAGGUCUAGCCAGGCCUCCUCCACGAGCUCCACGCUCAGUUUACUGUUUGGGAAGAGGAGCUUUUCCAGUGGUCUGGUCAUCUCUGGACUAUCUGCAGCUGAUGGAGGAAACACGACAGAUACUCAGUCAUCCAGUAGUGUUAACAUUACUGCUGGCCCUACAGCAAGAUCUGCGAGUCAUGCAACACAGUGGACUUCUGAAGCCUGCGAAACUCUGGACGUCACCAAUUCCAGUCAACCAAAUGGCUCGAUGCUGUCUAAAGAUAAUGUACCUUCUUCUGAGAAAGAGAAUGCACAAGUAGAUGACAAGAAUCAAGUAGAACAGCCUAGCACUGCUUUACACAAACUGUCAGAGCAUAAAAAAUUAUGAUAUUGCAAUGCCCUGCUUUAACAACAAGUGCUUUAUGAUUACCCAAAUGUUUUUUGUAUGGAAAGCCGCCAUCCACAUGUCCAAUUAAUGAUAGAUAAAUAUGAACGCUAAUUUAUGUUCUCAAACAGCCAAUGCCGAAAAAGGAAAUUAAGAACUGACCCUACGUUUAAAAUAAGAAGAAAAUAGCAGAUACACCUGGUACGCUAAAAUAAUUAUUAAGAAGAAGAAGAAGAAGAAGAAGAAGAAGAAGAAGAAGAAGAAGAAGAAGAAGAUGUUUAUUCUUCACCUUUAGCUUGCACACAGAAUAUACAUUGUUAGAUUUGGUACUUAUGGGGGGCAGGGCAGUAUGGGUGUGUCACUGCUAAUGUCUCAUUGUCCAGGAUAUACUGUCUGUUACUGUGUGAAUGAAGAAGACAAUGGGACAGUACACAUUGUCUUAAAAUGCCUUGUCGUCAGUGGCUUAACAUUCUACAAUUAUGCCUAAUAUUCAUAUAUUCCCUAGUUCUAAUGCCAGAAAGCCACAGCUUAUUCAUAAUCCUUCGUUUUUGAUUAACAACCAAAAAAAUUAUAAUAUUCAGGCAGACAUCUACGCCAUUCAAGUCAUAACUACAGCUGAUAUACAGAAUGCUGUGCUUGUUCUCCUCACACGUUUGCAUAUUGUGCUGUUUAAAUCAACAUCCAAUUUAUCUUUUCUGUUCCAGCAUUACACAACAAAGCCAAGGAAUAUGUUCUGCUAAAAAAUGAUAAGUGAAAGGUUUAUUUCAUUUUCACUUUUGUGCUUUCCUUCCUCUCAUGUGUCUUUAAGCAGAAGCUAAGCUAUACAAUAAGCAUGUUUUUAAUACAGUUGAAAUGAACAGAAACAGUGGCAUCUGGCAGAUUUGUAUUCACCAGAAUUAAAUGUCUCUUAACACACUGAAUGACUUUUACAUGUCUGAUAAAUGGAUGUGUAAGCUCAUUAUGAACCGUUUAAAAAAUAUUUCCCUGUCUAUAAUAGGGUCAUGUAUGGUUUGCAUACAGUAUCAUUAUAAACCAGUGUUUUUUUAUACCUGAUUAUGUGUAAUGGGGCAGCUUUCAAAUUAAAUGAUAAAAGUGUUUUGUAAAUAUAUGUAAAAGGAGGAUGUAUGCUUAAUUUGCAAUUUGCAUGUCAGUGUCUGAAACCAUUCCGGGUUUAAGCAACCUUCAUUUGUAUUCUUCAUGUCUAAUGUGAUGCCACUAAUAGAACACAAUGAAUACCAUUGUUAUCUGCAUGUAAAAACAUAAUUAUAUAUAAGGCCAAUACAAUAAUGCAAUUAGAGUAAUAUGUAAUAUCACUUUCAGGUCUAGGUGGCGCAGCAGUAUAAUUCACUAGCUGGAAGAUAAACAGGCGACUGGGUGACUCCUGUGUAGUUGACUUUUCCAAUUCCGUAGAGUAUUGUGCUUAACUUUAUCUUUCAGUUUUUAUUAAAAUGAUAAAAAAAGACUUGCAGUACAGUUUUUUUUUUUAAUACUGUGCAUGGAUACACUUAUUUUGAAGAUGCUUAGUUGACUGUGAUUAUUAUAAGGUCAGUGACUUAUCAAAAAAUCUAUGUUCCAGAAGACUCCAUUUUCUGAUACACAUGAGUUAACCAAGAUUGAACAAGGCAAAAUUGCUGAUG